AUGGCUUCCGCUCUGGAACAACUCAAAAAAUACACCACAGUCGUCGCUGAUUCGGGCGAUUUCGAUAGUAAGAGAGAGAUCAUUUGUAAAGGAGUUUUCUUUUCCUGAUUGCUGUUUGGUAAAUCACUGUUAUGAUAUACUUUUGUUUAUUUUUACUUCUCAGCCAUUUCGCAGUACAAACCCACCGAUGCGACGACCAACCCAUCGCUCCUUCUUGCUGCUUCCAAAAUGCCUCAGUACCGAAAUUUAUUCGACAAAGCUGUUCAGUACGGAAAGGCCAAUGGAAGGUAAAGAAUACUCGAACCAUUUCUCUUAGUUAGUUUACGUUUGUGCAUGUCCAAGGAUUCAAGGUCACGCUUCAUGUGUUUAAGGUUAUGAGUUUUCGUGAAAUUAAAGAAUAAGUUUAUUUAAGUCUUGGGUGUUGAAUAUGCAAUUGAUUAGCAGGAUAAUUGCAAAAUAGUUUUUUGUGUGUGUAGAACAAAAACUUACGGAUUGUCGAGGUGCCAAUAUUUGAGUGAAGAGGUGUUUUACGUAAUAAGACGUCAUUGCAUGCACUGAACCUAUAGUUAGCUGGCCAUGCACCGUGACGCACGCAACUUUCGUACAAUUUUACUUAUACGUCUAUUGUACAAAUACAACAAACCCCAUCCAAGGGCUUUUAGAGUUUAUGAUCUUUUAUAGAAAUAAUAUUACUGAUGUUGGAUGUUUGAAAUGAUACAAAAAAAUAACAUGGAAAUAAUGUGAUAUCUCCUAAAGCAAAUAAUUUUGAAACAAACAACUUGAUUAUAUAUCACAUCAUUACUGCGUUCAUUUUAAUAUGCAAAUUGAAGAAAUGCUCGGCAGCUCUAUCUGAGCGUUUUAAAUGGGCCAGGAAUUUUGAUAUUUGUAUUUUAAAAUAUCUUAAUGUUAUGGGGAUUACAACAAGUGCUUUCAGUGUCAUACUCAGCUACCCACCACACCUUUUAUUAUUGCAACUUACAGUUUUAAAAGUUAUAAUAAUGAUAUAAUAUAGCACUGAAAGGACUGUCAUAACUUUCUCCUUCCUCUAUUUUCCUCCCAAUUUCUUUCAUCCAUUUCGCUUCCUCCUCUCUUUGCUUGAGACCUGCCUGAUUGUAUGUAGAGGAUAUAUGAAUUUUAUUUUCGAGUGGCAAAACAAUAUUUUACAAACGAGCGCAGUGAGUGAGUAAAAUAUUGUUUUAAAAGCCACCGUGUAAUGUUCUUUUUAUUAUAUAGACAAAAAGACAUCGAUAAAAUAAUAGAGGGAAAUUACCAAAAUUUCGUCAUCAAUAAACUCACGUGUGAGAUUAUGGAAAAUAAACCACUCGGGUCCCGGAUGUAGUUUUUAUGAAUUUUACGAGUGGUAUAUUUUCCAGUAAAACACUCGUGUCUAUAUAAUAAAAUUAAAUAGAGCUAAAUGCUGCUAAAACAGCCACCUUUAAUACUGCAAUGUGGUAUCAACAAAACAGAUUGUUGUGUUCAGUGAGUGUUACAUACAGUACUGUCAGGGAUGUGCUCCAGCGGAGCCCGGUGGCUCCUUGUGCCUAACUCUGGCUCUUGGGCAGCUCGAAAAUCUUACUUUUUUCGUACAAAUUUUAUGCUUGGCACCCUGGAUUUUACAGGUUCAGGGCGCUGGGAUCCCUUCAAUUUUCCUUAGAGGGCAGCCUCAAUUCUCUAUGGAAAAGUUGUAUAAAGCAUUAAAUAUUGCACAUGAUAUCCUUGUAAGAGAGAGCUGUCAUCCAACUGUUUAUAUAAUUUUAAGAUGAGCUUUUCUUCUUUUCUGAUUUUACUGGCUUUGAGGUACUUAUAGGGAUUUCUUUACUUAACAGUCUUUUCUGGGUCUUCAACCUAAUCCUUUUUUACAUAUCAUUUUAUUGAAUUUCUUAUUUUUGGUUUUUAAAUUUGAAGCACCCUUGAAGAGCAGCUGACUGAAGCAAUGGACAAAAUGGUAAAUACAGCAUUUUUCUAAUUAAAAAUACGUACAGCAUUAGUAAAAAAACCACAACAACAAGCUUUACUAAUUUAUAGCAGAACCUCAGGAAAAUAUGGCUGAUGACGUAAUUAAGUUCUUAAUUCAUUUAUCUGUUACAAAAAAGUAAUAGAAUUAAUGAAAAUGUAUGCCUUGUUAGAUAAUGUUAUAUUGUUAUUCCAGCUGGUAUAUUUUGGUGUAGUUCAAUGAUAUUAUGGAAUAAAGAUGAUUGUUAUUAUUUUAAAAUUCAAAUUAGCUUUUUUAUUUGUUUUAGUUUGUACUUUUUGGAGUUGAAAUACUAAAUAUUGUCCCAGGAAGAGUUUCAACAGAGGUUGAUGCUAGGUAAGCCAUAAAAAGCCAUGCCUUGAAUGUGCAGUGCUUUUAUUGUUUACGGGCUGUUGAACUGUCUUAAAAAAAGUAAGAACCAGCAAAACCAUUGCAAAGUUCAAGGUUGAAUAGCAGUGUGCUUACACUCCCUGGAAAUGGCUUUAAUACUUUUAGCCCCAGUUGAACCCGAAUGCAAAUUCUAAAAUUUAGACUGAUUUCCCUUGAAGAAUUAGUUGAGAGAAGUUAGUAAAAGAUCAAAGGAUUUUCUCUUUAGUAACCAUUUUAUUAAUUCUUGUAGCCUGUUCUCUUGAUUAUGCCUUGAUGUUGUCAGGGGAAAGUUGAUUUUGAUCACUUUUUGAUGGUUUAAAGACCAUUAAAACCUUUGCAUGCCCAAUUAGCACCCUCACUUAUUUUUCAUUUGUACAAUUUUUGGCAAACAAACAAUAAAAUAAAUAAAAAAAUAAAAAUAACACAGUCUGAGAAAAUUAAUUCAGCAGUGAAAAUACAUGUACCUACCGUGCUUUAGUGUAAGAAUUCAUUUCCACUUGAAUUCAUGGGAACAUUUUAUUUAGUUUUUUUUAUUUUGGGGGGUAAAGGUUAUCCUUUGAUGUUGAGGGCUCAAUUGAAAAGGCCAAAAAGUUUAUCAAGUUGUAUGAGGAAGCUGGAAUCAGCAAAGACAGAAUCUUAAUCAAACUGAGCACAACUUGGGAAGGAGUCCAAGCUGCAAAGUAAGUUCUUCAUCAUCAAUUUUUUGGACAAUAUAAUAUUACUCGAGGUUGUGAGCACUGAGAGUCAUAAUCUGCAAGCUGUUUUCUUUUCUUUGUAUUUAGUAUACCAAAGGGGGCUCAUGGUCACAGGCAUUCCUAGUGGAGACCGUAGAAACUGGGGUUAAAAAUUGUGAUGACUUUCAAUGUAUGCAAAUAACACUGGUGAUGAGCAUGCGGUUUAUUUUUGGGAAUGAUUGAAGUGACAUGCCUAGUUGAACAUGUUUUGGCUUUGCCCUAUUUUAAUGGCAAGAGAAAAAAUGACAGUCAAAUUGCACAUAGGAAAGUAUAUGUGUACAGGGUCUGACUAAUGUACUACAGCAAAAGCAGUUGCUCCAAAAGAUGUACAAUAAUAUAAUCUUAUCCAUUAUUGAUAUCACAAUGGGCUGCUCUCUAGUCGGCCUGUGUUGCAUCCGGUCAUUGCAAAAUGGUCAGGGUUCGAUUCCCAGUCAAGCCUGAAUUUUGUUCAGGUUCUUUUUCAACUGCUUAGGUUGUUUGGAAAAAAAAUACAUUUUAUUUGAGUGUCAAUGUAUUUAGCACAAAAGAACUAAUUGGGGACACUAUUUUGACGUCUCCUACUGGAGACGGGACCGCCAUUUUACAUGGUCAUCCGAGCCACGCAAGGGUCUAGCCACUUGCAAUGCAAAGGGAGUACCUUCAAUUCUCAGUUAUUUUAAGACCCUGAGUUGGUCCGGCCUCAAGAAUUGAACCCGCAACCUCCUGCUCUGCAGUCACAGGCUCUACCAACUGAGCUAACACUGCCGCGGUCGUUCAACUUCGAAGAUCAUGUUCUCUUUCAUAUCUUUAUCCUCAGUUCAAAAUAUGAUUCAUUUUAUAUAUUUCAAUUCAUGAUUCAUUUCAUUAUUUCAAUUCAAAUUUUUUUAUCAUUUAUUAGGGUUCUUGAGGAGGAACUUGGUAUUCACUGCAACAUGACACUCCUUUUCUCCUUUGCACAGGUAAGCAAGUGUUACAUCAUCACAGAAUUUCCAUAAUAUUAUUGUGCAGUGUACAUUCUAGACAUUUAGUACAGAAUGAUAUAUACAGUAAAAUGUGGCUAAAUGUAAUUUAGGCGAGGUUAAACAUGAGAUAAUGCUGGCCAGCAGUCUCCAUUGCUAAUCAUAUGUGCGCCGGCCUUAGGGCUUUUUCAGGGUCCCAGUAUUUUUACAGCACUCCUUUGGAGGUCAAGUCAUUUUUCUUGCAUUGUCUUUGCUUGUGCUUGCGCUUAAGCCUUUUUUGCUCCCAGCCUUUAAUUCCCUUCCUCUGGGUGGGUCUUGGUGAGGAUCUGAAAACUUUCCACUGCGGUUCUCAGUGUGACGGUGCCUGGUGGUUGCCUCUCACAGGGUUGUCAUGGUUACCUUCAGUUUACUCAGGCACCUUCCCCACACCCAUCUGUUGGAAUUCCUACUAAGGAAUUAAGCUGAGUACCACUAAAGUCUUCUCUUAGCUGCAAUUCAGAAAAUAAGAACCUAUUUAUUAUAAAAAUGUAAAUACCGGUAGCCUAAAUUUGUGCUAAUUGCCGCAUUUAUGUAAGAACCUGUAUAGGUUAACUUGGGAAAAUGCAGCUACUAAGUCAUGGGUUUUUACUGUAUGGAAAAACCAAUGCUAUAAUUGGGGGAAUUAACAUUGAGUCAAUGUAUAUGUAGCAUUAAAAUAAAAUGUAAAUUUCAAGGCUCUACAUGCUUCGAAACGCACAUCAUUCUAUGACUGAAGAUCUGAGACUUUGAAGCAGAAUGUUGGAGACCCUGUAAUUGAUAGAAACUCACAAAAGCAAGGCUCCAAGCCUUGGACAAAGGCCAUCCUUUUAUUUACCUUAUAUUUGCAGAAAGACCUUGCAAUGACCUUGCUAGUGAAAGAAGAAACUCUAAUAAAUACCGUUGCAUCAAAAUUGAGUGUACUGUUAAAGAUUACCAAAAUAGAGAUGGUCUCUCCUUUCUUGCAAGUAAUUGUUCCUCUAUGAGCACUUAAGAAGGGAGGAAGGGAGGGUAUUCUGAUGUGGAAACGGCAGGAAUACUUUGAGUUUUCCUUUUGGGGUUUUGAUUGUCAGUUUCAGGACUAGUUAGGCAUUUUCAGGAUGAAUCAUGAAGACACACAGAAGUGAUGUCAGAUAGCGUUGGGCUGGUGGGCCGAAUGACCCACUGAGUUAGUGUAUUGUCAUUGCAAGUUCCCAAAAGCACUUGAGCUAUUUUAUUUUAAGGCAAUAGAACUGGUAAUAUUGACUACAUUUGGGGCUAUGCCAUCAAUGUGCCUCACUUUGAACAAAGCCUCCUUACUUCGGUCCAACCCUGCCCUGGAGAUCACAAGACAUGUAGGUGAAUUAAUCAUAGCACAUCAUAAAAACCAUGUAUUAUUGCCUGAUUUUUCUUGCCUCUCCAGGCGGUAGCUUGUGCAGAAGCUGGUGUCACCUUGAUCUCCCCAUUUGUUGGGCGUAUUUUUGAUUGGUAUGUUAAGAACACAGACCAAAAGGAAUUUGAACCUGCAGAUGACCCAGGUAGAGAUUAAAAGUAAAUAAUAAUGAUAUCAAUAAAUGACUGGCUGGAACUUACAAAUUUAUUUUGCGCAAAAAUACCAACCAAGGAAAGUGAACAACUACAUCACCAGGCCUCAGAUGUUUAAAAGGUGGAUAAAAGCUAUCCACUGAAUAAAUCUCUAUCCAUUGGAUAGCGGAACUGGUUUCCCCAAUACAUAUUCACUGGAUAGUGAUUAAAAUCCAGUGGAUAGCGCUAUCCAAUGUUUGAUAUACAACUCUGCAGGCCAUAAAAUGUUUAGCUUUUUUCUUCUGGAUGAAAAUGUGGCUGGAUUUCUUGAAAACUUUUUUACACUUAACGGUAUACACUUUUCAAAUUUUGUGGUUUGUAUUCUUCUCUGUAAUAGUAGAAUUUCAAUGUGUUCUCAGUGAUGUAAUUAUGAAAUAAUGAAGUACUGUACAUGUUAGUGUCUCUGGCCCUCUGUGUAUUUGGGUGCUUAUCAUAACAAAACAUUUCUGGAAAAUCCAGUUGGAAAGUAAAUGGAACACGACUUUUAGGGUCAUUUUAGUGGAAAAUUUUCUGUGUGUCGAUCAUGCUAAGAUGCUUCUGACUUAUCACAACAUAUGUCGACUUGUUCUUUCUUAGGUGUUAAGAGUGUGACAGCAAUAUACAACUACUACAAAAAGUUUGGUUACAAAACUGUUGUCAUGGGAGCAUCAUUCAGAAACCUUGGGCAAAUCACUGAACUGGCUGGAUGUGAUCUUCUCACAAUCAGGUAUCAGCAAAAAUUGAACUAAGGGGUGCAUGGAAUAUUAAAGGCUCUAAGCAAGUCCCAAUGGUGUCCAACAUCAAUUUUCUCCUAACCAUAUCCAUUGAUUGUCAAGAGAUUUGGUUAUGAGAAUUAAUAAAUUGAUCACCUAAGAGAAACUGCUUUGAUCUUUCAUCAAAUUCUCUCAACUUAUUCUUUAACAAAAUGUAUAGAGAUCAGUUUGGAGAAUUUGUAUGUGGAUAUUGGGGCUUAAAGGGUUAAAAUGUCAAAUUCUUCUUUUGAUUAUCAAGCACAUACAAUGCAAUCUGCUAGGAGAAUACCUCCACCCUGGGGACAGUGAGGAAUGGCAGGUCAUUGAAGGGAGAUUAUUGCCCUUGUACAGCAGUUGAAACAUGAAAGAAUGUACUGUAUCUGCCAGGACAGACGAAAGUAGCUGUUGUGGAGGGAACCAUUAGCAGAGUUUCUUUUAGUGGUAUAUAAUACAAUUCCUACUAUUUGCCUUAAGCUUUUGCUUGAAAUUGCCCAUGAAUUUUGUAAUUAUAUAACUUUCUCAGCUGUGAAGAACAUAAAAUUGUAAUAAUGACAAGUUACAAAUUUCCAAAAUAACAAAUACCAUAAGAUAAAAUACAAUAGGUCAAUCCCCGAGCUGCUAGUGAACCCCACCACCCCUAGUCCAGAAGCACUAAUGUUUGUUUCGUAUUUUCAGUCCAUCUUUGUUAGAAAAGCUCGUGAAAUCGACUGAGACAGUCUCCCAAAAGCUUUCAGUUGAGGAAGGUAAGGAUAAACAUUAACUUUGCCGUCAGGUGAUGGUUAAUGAAAAUCAGUUCCUAAACAUAAUAAUAAUAAAGUAUCUAUAACUUUUUGAAUUAUCAUUUUAGUUUUAGACGUAGAUUCUUAUUCUGUGUUUUGUAACUUGCGAUUUAUUAUAAGAGCAUAGGAAAUUUAUGAAUUUCAUGGUUUCCCUCAGCUAUAUACUACUGAUACAUUAAGAAGUCACGUUUUCAUUAUACAAGGUCAAACAUUUUUUAUUACUCUUCCUUGUAUUUUUACAGCUCAAAAGCUUGAUAUUGAGAAAGUAUCCUUGGAUGAAAAGAAAUUUCGUUGGCUUCUCAAUGAGGACCAGAUGGCUACUGAGAAGUUAGCGGAGGGAAUCAGAAAGUUUGCUGCAGAUGCUGUAAAACUUGAGGAUAUGAUUAAAGCAGAGCUCCAAAAGUAACUGCAGAUCUAAACACAAGCUGGUAUAAGUGACAAGCCCUGCAUUGGACACAUGUGGAACUCUAUCUAUGUGCAUUAAAAACAAAUACUUGUCUUGAUAUUUUAUAUGACCACUUUACCCAAUAAUAAGGCUUGAAGGUCCCGGUAUUUAAAAUUAGUAUCUUGCUGAAUUAAGUUCUUUUUAGGUUUCAGAAGUAAUAGGUGUAUUUUCUGACUUGUGACAAUAUGUGUACCCGUAAUGGUGCAGUAAAUUGCAGUUCUGUUUAUCUACAUUUGUUUCUAUUGUUUUUGUCGUUGUUUACCGGAUUUCACUCUUGGUGUUUCCGAUAUCUUCAGAAAGUUGCGCAUGUGCGUUGAUCAUGUGUUAAAGGCAGAACACCCCAUGGCGUCUUUUAGCCCCCCAGACAGUGUCCACAUUUGGCCAGUUUUUUCUUUGGGACCAGCUGUUAGCUUUGUGAUUGAACUCUUUCUCUAUUCAUCGGCUAUUUGACUAGUCCCCAUUCCCUUCUCACUAUCUCUCCUUAGUGGCGCGCGGGGUGUGAUGGGAAGGAGGAAUCGUGGCGAAUGGAGGAAGCUAAACUCGAAUGGGCCAGAGAAUUAUCCGCGGUUAAGAAAGAAAACAGACGACAUGUCGCGAUGCCACCAAAGGUUUCCCCGCGAAAUGACGUCUGAGAAACGAGCGCAGAAAUUCUAUACUAAUGACACGUCACUACCCAGAUCUGAAUAAUGACGCGUCAUCAGUAUAGAUUUUCUCAGGCUACGGUUAAGAUUGCCUGUCCUGUGAUACAGUUACUGAAUUCAACAACAACAACAACAUUAUUUUAACUGAUAUAGCUGCCAAAAGAGCUCCAGUUAAAAAACCACAGUUCAAAAUGAACUUUCGAGGAAAUUUUUACAGAAAGGCCAACUGACCGUCUGGCCGUGAGACAUGGUUUUGGUUAUCAACUCAUCAACUCCUGGUGUCGCGAUUUAAAUAACCCCCAAAUCUCACGGUGAAUGAGAAAAGCCAAACAACUCCAGUGGGAGUGAACUAAUAUCAAAACAUCAGUGUUCAUACUAGUAAUGUCUAAUAGUGUCAAAUUUAAUUUGUGAAGGAAUACAAGAGAGAAUAAUUAUACAUUGCAGGGGCGAAUCCAGGCAUUUUUGAUUGAGGGAAGGGGGUCCAGAUUAUAGGAGGGUACCCAAAAACAAUUACAUAUUUUAAUAUCCCUGGAAUUUAGUUUAGUGGCAAGAUGCGAUGCGCGUUUCAUUAAAAAAAAAUCAGCCAGUAAAAAGGUGAUAUACGAUCCUGUCGAUGUAAGAAUUUCAGUCUCAAACAAGCGUCAGGUUUGAUAUGGGGGGGAUUCCAGAUUCCCCCCCCCCCCCCCCCCCCCCCCCCCCCCAGUGUUGAUUUGUUAUUUUUCUCUCCCCUUUUUUUUUUUGUUGUAAAUAGACUUUAGACAUGUAGUGGGUGUCUAAAAAUAACAAAUAAAUUCUGAAUGAGAGGAGGGGGGGAGAGGGGGGGAGGUAGGUAGGGGGGAUUAGGUUUGUGGCAAAGUGGGACUCGCGUUUCAAUAAAAAAAAAACAGCCAGUAAAAAGGUGAUAUACGGUUCUGUCGAUGGAAAAAUUUCCGUCUCAAAAAAGCGUCCGGGUUGAUAUGGGGGGGAUUCCAGAUUCCCCCCCCCCCCCUCCCUGGAUCCGCCACUGAUGAUUGCAUAGUUAUAUUCCGUCUCCUGUUUCUUGUCGUGUAAAAAUUCGUGUGAAAAUGUGCGCGGUCUCAAAAAUAUCAGUAUUCGUGUGGACAUAGCCUGGUUUACGAUCAACGACGAACGUCAAUUUGUACCACUUAACCAAGAUUUCUCUUAGCCUGCGUAGCAGGCGCUUGGAAGUAGUCGCGCUUGGAAGCAGUGGGCACAAGAAAAAACGGGCGCGCGAGAAGGAGACACGCGUGUCUCCUCGCGCCCGCCCGUUCUCUCUUUCGCCCACUACUUCCAAGCGCCUGCUACGCAGGCUAGAUCUCACUUGUCGUUUCAGUGUUCAUUAUAUCUACACAGAAAUAGAACAUUUUAUGUUAGGUUCAUCGCGUUCAAUCAGAACGUUUCCUAAUCAUGGUGUUCUUGUGGUACAAAGCCACAGAUUUUCGAGGUAUCACUGCCGAUCUUGAGCUGCCCCCACUGAUUUUAUCAGGGGCAUAUUGGCCGGGAAACUGGACUCCUUUCGACUCGAAUAUCGUUUCCGUAAGUGAUGAACGCGGAUCUGUAAUCAAUGAUUACCUCUAGUCAGUAAGAAUGAUUUUGGACAGUUGUAUCAGGGGUCUCAUUUCUUAAUUCGACAAAUUGUGAACUUGAAUUUGACGUUAGCCGUUUGGCGAAUUAAAAACGUGAUUCUAAAUCGGCUCACGGGCUCCCGUGAUAUGAAACAUAGGCGCUGAAGUCGGUGAUGGAAAAGGCUUUUAUUAUAUAAACUGCAGUGUUUUACAAGGAUUUCUACCACCGAGAAAUGUGGUAUCUGAACACACGUAAAAAUACGAUAUUUUUACGUGUGAAGAUAUCGAUAAUUUCACGGACAUCAGGUUUGUCUCUUAAAUUAUACUUAAAUUCGUUGGUGUAUCAUCGAAACAUCAUCGGGUCUUCCUCGAAAGUGCUCGGCAAUCUUCGGACAUCUUCGGAAAUUCUCGGAAAAUGUUCGGGAACGUUCGUAUGGUCUUCGGGACAAUUUGAAAAAUCUUCGGAAAUCUUCAGAAGGUGGUCGGAAAUCUUCGGAAAAUCAUCAAAAACGCCGUCAUCAGUAUGUUUAUCUAAUAAAAAGAAUAUUAUGCACCUAUCAAUGUAAAUCCCGUGGGGGGGGGGCGGGCAAGGGGAGGGGAUUUGAUGCCUGGGACUAUCCCCGCUAUCGGGCUUUUGAUCGUGCGAAGCGACCCCGGGGUCGGGACAUUUGACUUUGACCGACAGAAGCCUGGUAUCAAUUCAGAAGCAGUUACCAAGUCCGUCCCUCGAGGUUUCCUGAAAGUCACGCUGUUGGAGAAAGGUAUGAACUUUUCAUUUGUUUUAAUCGCCAUAAUCCGAUACUUUAAACUGUCAUCUAAACAGAUAAUUUUAUUUUGAGAAAGUUUUUAUCUUCAAGUUCCCAUCUGAUUUUGACACUUUUGAUUGACCUUUCGUUUCCCACCCUGGGGAAUUUGAUCGAAAAAUUUCACAAUUUGUCAAAUCCCCACCCCUUGCCCGCACUCCCCCCCCCCCCACGGGGUUUACAUUGAUAGGUGCAUUACACGUUAGCUCGAAGAUAUGAAUUUUAUGUUCUCGUGGCAAGAGCAAUAUCUCACUCGUUCGCUGCGCUCACUCGUGAGAUAUUGUUCUUGCCACUCGAACAUAAAAUUCAUAUCUUCUCGCCACCGUGUAAUAUUCUCUAUUUAAAUCUGUGAACCGACAAAAUCAAAAUGAUUACUCGUCAACGUCACAUCAGAAAAAGAAACAAAAGAAUACAAUGGCGGCACCAGUAAGGUAGAAAAGAACAUAAGACAUACGAAUCUACUGGCUGUUUUUUAUUUUCAUUUGACACAAAUUUUGGAAAUAUUCAGGUUAGAGGUUCCAAUCUAAAAAUUUUUCCAAACCUCCAAAUACGCAUUGAUUUAGUGUUGGCAGGUCUGUUUUAGUUUGUUACUGCGGUGUUGAGUGUUUCGGAGAAUCCAUUAGUUUAAAUUAAUAUGAUACUGUAAUCCACAUCGGGAUAAAAAAGAGACAAUAAAUGUAAAUUUCUUCCCCUUUUGUGCCAUGUGCUAAAAAUUGUAUUCCCCCCCCCCCCCACCCCCUAUACCCAUUUUCAAUUUCAUUUUAAAAUUUCCCCCCUCCCCGCUUCAGUCUUAACACUACCACCACCCCAGCCGUGCCGGAAGAAUCUCGUACGUAGCGCGCGUGGUGGCUUUAAUAGGAAAGGUGAAAGGAAAAUUCGGAAUUUCUUUGGAAUUUCGUCUUUAAUCCCCAGCAUGGGCUCCUGUCCCCAGGUUUAUUACUUUUAGCUUAGAUGUCUUGAAAUCCUUAUCAUUCUGUUUCUUUGAAGGACUACCUUGACUUACGCUAAGAGAUGAAAAUGAUUAGAUAUAAAUUUGCCCUGAAUUUUAGGUCGUAAUGCGUUCAUAUAUUUUGAUCAAUAUUUUCUUUCGACCGUCAACGGAAUCAUGAGAAAAAUCGCACGUCAAACCACAAAAUGCUGACGCUCAUUUCCGUUGAAACCCGUUUGUCAACCUACAGAACCCUUUACACUCGCUGUAACCGUGACGACCCUUCCAAAAAUUUCGUAACAUCCGCACCUCCAAACACACCCCUUCGAUUAACCAAUAGCCAACUAGAAAGGUCUUGCAUGUAUACGCAGCCAAGCCUUUUUUGUCUCAUCACGCAACAUUUCUCCCAACAGAAAACUGAACUUUGCCCUUUUGAAAAUAAAAAAUGCACCUUUUUUCCCAUUCGUCAGUUUUGACUAAAAAAGGACAGACCAAUUUCGUCUGUAAACAAUAGCCUUCCCGGAAAAAAGGUAGAAAACAGGAAAAGCAGAACAAAAAAUCAAAUGCAAUCAAUAUGUGAGUAAGGCUACAAGUGCCAAUCAUAAUAUAACACUGCGUCACGCACUCGUUUCUUUCCGUGUCGGAUUCCGUGUCAUACGGUAGUUGCUCAACAGGGUAAUUGAGCAAGGCCAGGAAGUGCGAUUAAAACUUGAUUCGACGGCUAAAACGGUAAAAUUGAAGAAGGGAAUAUUUGCAACGUGGUCAGUUUUCACACUUUGCUUCGUUCAAGGUUCAGUUUGCGUGUCGUGAACCAGUUCCCGAGCACAAAGCUUCUCCCCUGUUGAUAGCAAGCAGCACAGUCGGAAAUGCAUACUAAACCGGGGCAGAAAGAACCGUCUCUACUUGUGAAGUUUGUAAGCGCUGGAUUAGCCGCAUCUGUGGCAGAGGCUGCUACUAUUCCGAUAGACACGGCGAAAGUUCGACUUCAGGUAAGCUGGUCUUUAACCGCAAGUGGAUGUUUGGUUGUUCAUCCAAGGUCAGCCAACGUGUACAAUGAUCAUUUUUGCAUCUUACCUGUUCAUGACGUUUUAAGAGAACAGCCAACACUACAGCCCCUAGAUUUGUAACUUAAUCUAUCCUCGAAACGCUUUGCUUCUAUCUACACGGGAAUUACUUCCAGUACAUUUACGUUAUGGAAUACCUAAAUUUAUAGCUCGCGAGAGUAUUCAGAUCCAAAACAGUUUUUAACCCUGUGGAAAUAAUUUAUAGCAGCUUAAUUCUAGUAUAUAGCAUUUCCACUAUAUCGUUAGAUAUAAGACGCAUGUAUCGUCAACGAGACAGGUCUAAAGUUGGUAUUGUAAAUAAGUCUUGCAAUUUUCUGACGGUAUAAUGAAAUAUUUACCUCGGACCAGUGUUCAAUCGUGUGACGUGUAACGUAGUGAAAUGUUUGCAUGUUUCUUUUUUCUGGUUUCGUUUCAUCAUGUCUAAUGCAAAACAUGUUUGAAUACUGCGAUCAUUAACUCGCGAAUUGAUUUACGAGGGGACCUUGAUUGGUUGGUUGGUCAGUUCUUUAGUUGGUCGACUCUUGUAAACUUGAUUAAAAUCAGGACUGAAUAGAAUUGUGAAGCAAUGAUUGUCCCGGAACUAAACAUUGUGUCACCAUGUACAGAGAUAGUUAGCAAAGUCUGUGACUUUCUUAGUCUUGGAAUGGAGUGGAUUCGAGUCUUAAUUUAGAAAGGGUAAACUCGUGACCCUCACAAGUGGCCCUUUUAUUCAGUCCUCAUUUCUUAUAUUGAUUCAAGAAACAGUUUAUCUUAUGAAAUCAUGCCUUACAAAAACUUUUGCUCAAGAACCUUGGGAAGACACAGCUACCCUGAACUGAUUUGAGUAACCCCCACCCCACUCAACACCUUAUAAAGUGGCAUUAUUCAAAGAGAUAGGAUAAAACCUUUAAUAAAUGAUUUACAAGUCAGUUCCUAAAGCUCUUUGAUUUGUUAACUGCCUUGUUUUGCAAACCUGCCCACUCAAGGGUUUAGAACUGGAUCAUGAGAAAAGGCAUAGGCAGCUAUCAAGCAGUCUAGGAAAAGACCUAGUUUCAAAUUUUAUUCUCCAGUGUGACGGAAAACCAUAACCAAUGGUUUUGAGUGCAAAAUUUCAAAUUUUGGCUCAACUUCUAGUGUUAGUCCACUUCCUUCCUACCUGCCACUAGUGGGGAUACACUAUUGUAACAGUAAUAUUUGAAUAACAGCUCCCCCAAAAGUCUGUUGGCCAUCUGUCAGUAGACUGUCGACUCACAGUUGACUGACAGAUGAGCAACAGCUCUCUGACAGUCAACUGAAAGAUUUAAACCAACCCUAGGUUACGAACUUAUGCAUCAGUCAAUUCCAGCUGUGCCCCUAGGCAGCGCAAAAUUUGCAAAUGCGCCACCCCUGGGACUGACAAGGCAGGCAAAUGCCCCGCAGUAGCCGGGGGGGGGGGGGGGGGGGGGGGGGGGGGCCACACACAAGUGGAGUCAAAAGAAGAACAACCCUCCCGGAAGAAAAAAAGAAAAAUUUACCCCCCCCCUGUGUUAAAAACUUAUGCCACAGUCAAUUCCCGCUGGGCCCCGAGGGCGGGAAAAAUUUGCAAAGGCCCCCCCCCGGGGCAAGGAAAGGGGGGGAAACGCCCCCGAGGGGGGGGGGGGGGGGGGGGGUUGGGUGGGCUGGGCACAGCUGGAACUGACUGGAACUGACUGAUGCAUUAAGCUGUGAAACUGUGCAACAAUUUCGAUGACCGUUUGUCGGCCAUCUGUUUGUCAUCUGUUGGAUGACUGUAGGUGGUUUGUCAACCGACUGUUGGUUGACAGUCGGCCAACAGAGGGCCGACAUUUGUUUUUGGCAGCUGUUCUUUAAUUUUACCCUUUGAUUGUAACAGUUUUUAUACACUAGUUUAGUCAUUUUUAGGUAGAGCAGGCGACUAUUAGUGGAUUUCCACUGAUUGAAACUCUUUUUUCUGUGAUACUCAUCCUUUUAUUAUGAAAAUACUUUCGUUUUUUUAUAGAUUCAAGGUGAAAAUGCUGUUAUGGCAAAUGUAUCAAGUGGUGUUUCAACUGGCAAUCCCAGUGUAAAAUACCGUGGAAUGAUAGGUUCCAUGGUAACAGUGGCAAAAACAGAUGGUGUUCGCUCCCUGUACAAAGGACUUGUACCAGGAAUUCAUCGACAACUCUGCUUUGCUAGCAUUAGGAUAGGACUUUAUGACAAAGUUAAAAAAUUUUAUGGAGAUGAGGACAUAAACAACCCAAAAGUUAUAAAGAAGAUUCUGGCUAGUUUUACAACAGGUGUCUUUGCAGUAUCACUAGCUCAGCCAACAGAAGUAGCUAAAGUGAGAUUUCAAGCUAGUGCCUCCAGAUUUGGAUCAAGUAAGGCCUUAGAUGCUUACAAGUCAAUUUACAAAAAUGAAGGGCUACGUGGAAUGUGGAAAGGCGCCUUCGCAAAUAUGGCACGGCUCUCCACUGUGAAUGCCUCAGAGCUUGUUGUGUAUGACAUGGUGAAAGGGUUCUUUCUGAGAAAAAAUCUCAUGGCUGAUGAGAUGCCGCUGCAUUUUGUAUCUGCCUUUGGGGCUGGCUUCGCUACCACUGUGAUAGCUUCCCCUGUUGAUGUGGUGAAGACUCGCUACAUGAACUCACCACCAAAUACAUACAAGAGUGCCAUCCACUGUGCUUAUAUGCUGUUGAAACACAAUGGUCCUCUGGCUUAUUACAAAGGGUAA